AUGUUAAACUCUAAAUUUGAACCAGACAUUGUCUAAAUCACAGAACAAUUAAGCAAACGACUUAAUGAUAAGAAGAAAUCAAUUUAAGAAUUUUUAAAUAUUCUGCAAUAAAGAGCUGAAAUAGAAGAAGUAUAUUCGAAAAGUCUUGAAAAAAUAGGUAAAUUUAUAAAAUAAGUAAAGGUUAUGAAUUAAGCACUAUUGUUGAGAAUACUUAGUAAGAUAGCUUUACAGAUAUCAUGUAAUAUGUGAGGAAUUAUCUUCUGAUUUCAAGUGAGUAGAGUAAAGAAUUGUAUUAGUAGUUAAAAAAUAAUGUUGUCUUAGAAUUACAAAAUACAAUUAGUCUUGAUUAAGGAUGGAUUAAUGAGGUUAAUAAAAUACAGAAUAAACAUUCUAAAGAAGUUAGAAGAAAUAUUGAGGAAUUACAUGCAUUACAAGAUGAUUACAAUUAAGCAUUAUAUGAAGAAAAGAUUUAUUUAGAAGGUAAGAUAACUUCUAAAAAGAGAAAUUAUGAGAAAAGUGAAACUAAUUUAAAAUAGUUUAUUCUUUAUUAUAAUUAAUAUUUAGACACAUAUUUUUAGGAUAUUGCAUAUAUUUAAGAUAUAUUUCUAAAUAUAGAAAUAGAUAGAAGAAAAUUAGUUUAGGAUGCUGGAAUGAAAUUGUUUAUGUAUUAGAUAUCAUUGAUAAGAAAUUUAUAAUAUGAUAUAAGUGGAAUAACUUAAAAAAUAGAAUAAUAUAAAAGUAAUAGUAAAUAAAGUGAAUUACUUAUAAUUCAAACAAAUGAUAGACCUCUUCUCUCUAAAUUAAAUGUUGAAAAUUAUAUACUUUCUUUGAAAUAAUAAUAUAAUUUAGAUGAAAAUUAACGUAAAAAAAAAUUAAUAGCAGAUGGACUUAAUGGAACUGAUUAAAAAAAGGUUGAUUUUAUAUAAGCUAAUUCAUCAGAUUAUUUAAAAUAUAAUAAAAUGUUUGAAUAAGCUUUAAGAUUUUCAGAGAUUAAUGAUGACAUUAUUAAAUAUUUGAUUAAUUUAUUGUAAAAGACCAAAGCAUAGUAAUAUUAUGAUGCAUUAAUUUCUACUAUUUAAAAAAUAUCUAGUCAAUCAAAUUAAAAAUAUGAUUAUUCUGUUACACCAUUAGGAUAUUAAACUUGUUUGAAAUUGUCUGAUAUUUUAUUAGAUUAUUGUAAUUCUUAGAAUACAAAUGCAUAAAUAGUGAUUAACUUACUUAAGUUUUCAAAGAAUAUUUACAAAAUGUUGAGCGUUCAAGAUUAAGAAAAUGUAGAGAUAUAAGAGUACAUUAAAUUUUCUUUAUUUGGUAAUUAUGAAGUUCAUUACAGAGGGUUUAAAGAAUCAUGAAGUUUUGUAGAAUAAAAUUUUAUGGAAUGAUUAUGUACGAUCCAAAGAAUAGAUUGAUGAAUUAAUAGAGUUAAAUUGUAAUGAGAGUUUGAUAUAAUUUCUAAACACAAAAAUAAAUUGUUGA